UGUUUUCUUACUCUGGGUGUUGGGAUGCAUUUCACUAUUCAAGCAGCAUCCCUGUCGGAUUAAACCUGGACCCGCCGUGUAAAUUGGACCAUUAAUAGCUUGGACAUGUUUGGCCCGGGGCAGCUGGUCUCGACGCUCCUGCCUGCAGUUUUCCACUCACCCGCAGCUCACUUUUUCCCCGCGUUCCCAACGAGACUGGGAUCCCAGCCUCAAAUUCUCAUCCCGGGGCCUUUCAUCAGCUACGAGUCCUUGAGGAGUUAUCUGCAGCCGGAGCCAUGCAAGGAGGCUCUGCUGCUGGCCACACAGGGGGUCGGGAUGGGGCUGCUCGCCGAUGGCAUAGAUGAACAGAGGCCAGUGAAGCAGCGUCGCGCACGCGCCAACUACAGCAGCUGGCAGCUGGAGGAGCUGGAGAAGGCCUUCGAGGGCACGCACUACCCCGACAUCUUCAUGAGGGAAGCCCUGGCCCUCAGACUGGACCUCAUCGAGGCCAGAGUGCAGGUCUGGUUUCAGAACCGUCGUGCUAAGAUGCGGCGUCAGCUGAAACUCCAGAGUCAGCUCAUCGCAGGGCCGUAUGUGAAAAAAGACACUGACCAAACAUCGGAGAGCGCAAGCAGGAGCCUCAAGCAGCAGUCGGAGGGUUCCGACAGGGAGCACUCGGAGAGACGGCAGGAAGGAGACAAUUACCCAUGGACAAAGGCCGCGAGCGUCGCGCUGAGCGUACGUAAGCAGCCCGUGACCCAGGGGUCGGGGAAGUGGGAGAGGCCGGAGGGGCCGAGCUCAGAGGAGCUCCGCUCCUGCAGCAUCGCCAAGCUGAGGGCCAAAGCCAGAGAGCACGAGGCCGAGAUCCACAGCACUGUAAACACGUCGGGGGCUGACACACAGUUACAAACACAGGAAGCUGAUGCCACGCACAGUGAUUGAUUUUUUUUUUUCCUCCGUCCUGUUUGUACAGACAGUCGUAACAAAAAGAAAAACAGAGGACAAUGUAGACUCUCAGUACGCCGGAACAUUCCCUUUUAUAUCCUGUAUGUAGCUGAA